UAGCCACGACCCAACAAUAUUAAUUACAUUAGAUUCAUAUACCUGCUCUAUUUCAUCUGUCUGUGGUUACACAUCAUUGCAUACUGACUGUAAAGCAAUUACUCAUCAUUUAACUUUGCAUAUGUGGUUUUCGUAACUUUUCUGUCCGUUUAGCAGGUUUAUUCAUGCAGUUCAUAACUGAAAUUUAUGGUCAACCAUAAUGCUGCUGCUUUCAAACAUCUAGAGUGUAAAAAGUCCAUGAUGUCAGAAAAUCACCAGUAGUUGUGACAUACUGUAGGAAGUGAGAGAGACAACUGAAAAUAUGUACACAUUUAGUUUCAGUCACAAUCACACUAGCAAUAGGCCCACACAAAAAAAACUAUCACUUCCACUUUCUAUUAAAAUUAAUCGCACGGUUUAUCAGUGGAUGUUUAAGGAAGUGAUGGACACACACACAGUAAAAACCCACACAUGAGAAACUUCCACUGGUAAGCACCAACACGUCAGUAAAUUUCCGAAGGCUGAUCCAGGGGUCUUCCCUUGGCUUCUCUGCUCCUGUAUAUAAGGUUGAUGUAGAUGGAGUACAAGUCCACACAGCAGAGAGAACAGGCUGAUACAGCUCAACUGAGACUAUAACUUACUGCUACGCUGUAAAGGGAAUAAACACACAUACUUCAGGAUGGCUGCUCCUCGUCUCGCUCUGUCUGUGUUUGUGCUGAUGCUGGCAGCCGUCACUCUCAGUGAAGGUUUGCGCGGUUCUGGUCCAAAGAAAUGCUGCUUUCGUUUCAAUGAGAAACCAGUGCCUAAAGGCCGAGUGGUCAGCUACACCAGGACCAGCCAGCAGUGCUCCAUCCCUGCUGUGUUGCUGAAGACAGAGGCAGGUCGUCAGCUGUGUGUCAGACCAUCAGCUCCUUGGGUGAAGGAGCUCAUCAGCCACCUGGAUGCCAAACUUGUCCCAGGGGAGACAUCCAACCUGUAACCGUGGCAACACCACUAUCAGAGCCUCCAGUGAACAAAAUCUGGCAGGUUAAUGUGGAAUAAUACUGCAGCUUUUCAAACUAUAACUUUUCAAGUAAGAGGUGUUAAAUGCAAAUAUGUUACUAUCCCCACUGUAACAUCUGCAGGUGGAUAAUCAUAAGCUAAACAGCAGCUCUCUGUCUAUCUAUGUGCAAAAUAUAUACAAAAUAUUCUUAUAUCUUGUAACAUGCUCUGAUAAGAUUUGCUGAGAUAAGUUGUAUUUAUAUACAUACAAUGUUGUUAAGAUGCCAUUUUUAUAACUGUGACAUUUCCAUCAUAUUUUCUACAUUUUAUUAGGUAGAGAAAUGUAGUGUAUUUUAUUAUACAAAAAGUAUGUUUUUCUUAUGGUAUUAAUACAACACUCAAAGUCAGACCGUCAACACUGUGAGCUACUGUUGUAAUUUGAAUUGACUUACAGAAACUACAUUUGCUGUAGAAGAACAAAGCCUCCCAACUCCACUUGGUUUCAUCAGUAGAGUAUAAGCUAUUGGCUACACCACUAUUUCUAGACUGAACCACUGACAGUUCUGUGUCUUGUUUUUUAUACAUAUGAUGUUUGUAUUUACAGUCAUGUUUUAAACUCAGUUACCUGUAAGGAUAUGUAACCAAUUUGACAGUUAUUUAUUUCUCUAUGCUUAUGCUACUAAUCAUUGAAUUAAAGCAAGACAACAUGUCA